AACCCGUUCGCCCAAACUGGACGCAGCAAACUGCAGAAUAAGCGAGCCAGUGUAAACCAGCAGAUCAUCAAACAGAUGAGGAUGAGGGCCGGAGCCGAGAACCUGCUGAAGGCGACAUCUAACAACAAGGUUAAAGAGAUGGUUCUGUUGGAGCUGAGUUAUGUUAACUCCAACCUACAACUUCUGAUGGGACAGCUGGAAGGACUCAACAGCUCAGUGGAGGUCUACCAGAACACCCAUGAAACGGCCAACAUCCCCCUCAUUGCUCUGGGCCUGAAGGAGACAAAAGAAGUUGACUUCUCUACUCCGUUCAAGGACAUCAUCUUGGAGCACUACAGUGAGGACGGGAACCAUUUUGAAGAUGAAAUCGCUGAUCUGAUGGACCUUCGACAGGCUUGCAGAACGCCGAGUCGAAACGAGGCAGGAGUGGAGCUGCUGGCAAAGUACUUCAGCCAUCUUCCUCUGAUGGAGAGUCGAUUCUUCUCCCCAAACCGCCAGACUGGCAUCUUCUUCACAUGGUAUGACUCCUUCACCGGAGUGCCGGUGUGCCAACAGAACCUGUCUCUAGAGAAGGCCAGCAUCCUCUUCAACAUGGCCGCCCUCUACUCUCAGAUCGGUACUCGCAGCGACAGACAGACCAUAGUCGGCCUGCAGGAAGCCAUCUCUUCCUUCCAGAAAGCUGCAGGUGUUCUGAACCACCUAAAGGAGACAUUCACCCACACUCCCAGCUACGACAUGAGUCCAGCCAUGCUCAGCAUGUUGAUUCGCAUGAUGCUAGCUCAGGCUCAAGAGUGUCUGUUUGAGAAGACUGCACUGCCUGGAAUCCGAAACCAGUUCUUCUCUCUGCUCAAAAUGGCUCAGGAGGCUGCCAAGGUCUCAGAAAUCUAUGACCAUGUCCAUCAGUCCAUGAUCCAGACGCCAAUCAAAGACAAUGUCCCGUUGUUCUGGUCCACCAUGUCGCAAGUCAAAACCAACCACUACCGCUCCAUGGCACACUACUUUGUAGCCUCAGCGCUGCUGGACCACCCGCUGGGUCCCAGUGAUGAUGAGGACCAGCAGGAGAAGACCUUGUCUCAGGUCUAUGACCGCCUUCCUGAGGGACGCUCUCCUCUGGACAUCCUGAAGAAGAAAGAGGAACGCGAGCGCAUUGGUAAAGCACACAUUCGUACGGCCAUCCUGGGCCAUGAGGAGGCUCUGAGGAUCUACAGUUUGUGCCACCACUUGAACAAACUGGAGGUCCUGCAGGACAUUUUAAAAGCCAGUCACGAGCGCUCACUCAACAAAUCCUUUGAAAAUGAAAGCGAGGAGGAGUUUACUGACUACAUGGAGGCACCAGACAUUAUCUCAAAAACAGAGCACAAAGCAGAGAUGGAGGUUCCUGCUGCCACAAAGGUGAAAGUCACCGACUUUUUCCAGAGGCUGGGACCUCUGUCAGUCUUCUCAGCCAAGCAACGGUGGACAGCCCCACGGACAAUACGACUUUGCACAGAAGACAGAGACCUUGGCUUCACCCUGAAAGGAGAAUCACCCGUCCAGGUGGUUUCAUUAGACCCCCUCUGCCCAGCUGCGGCUGACGGGCUCAAAGAGGGUGACUACAUUGUUGCUGUGGGCGACACUGACUGCAAGUGGAUGGGUGUGAGCGAGGUGAUGCGGCUGCUGAAGGACGUCAACGAGGAGGGGAUCGACAUCCAGGUGGUCAGCAUGAUGGACAGCAACCCUCCCAUGCCAACCAAGAGUGCCACCUUCUGCGGAAACCUGCCCAAGACCUACUCCAUGAUUUGUCUGGCCUUCGAUGAUGACGACAAGAACCCCAAGUCCCGCAAAGUAACCAAGAAGUCAUCAUUCAUCAGCUGGGGCCUGAAGAACAAACUGAAGAGCGCCAGCACCCUCAGCCUUCCCACAGCCGACCACUCUGGUGCCCUGCCCUGGAAUAAACCUCGUCCCACCUUCCCCAGCUCCAGCGCCUACAAUAACGACAGUGUCCUCUACUGAGCUGGCUGCAAGCUUUUUACUGCCAGCUAGCGUUGUGCAGUACACA